AUGAUAGGGUAUUCGUGCUGGAGUUCUGUUGAGAAAGACGCACUAUUUACUCGCUUGGCACGGUCCGGUGUCGGCGAUUUGCGCGCUCUUUCGAAGGCAGUGGGUACGAAGAGCGAAAGUGAAGUCUUCGUGUAUUUGAAAUUGCUAGGAGAACAAAGUUUUGGUCAAAACGAGGACGCACAAGCAAAGCGACUCAAUGAGGAGCGGACAAAUGCAGCCUGGGAAAUUUCGCAGGACUGUGAGGAUGCCUUGAACGCAGCUGCUGAUUCGCUUGCGCAGCAUAUCAGCAAGCAUGAGACGAUAACCGAACAGAGCCUUCAUGGUGAUACGUGGUUAAUUACGGCAGACAAUGCCGAUGCCAUCGAUCAGAGAUAUGAAGACCUCGCAAUGCUUCCAUCUCCGAGGGGAGAAGAUACGAUUAGCGAGGAGACGAACACCAAAGCACCUGCAACAGACGGUGAACACGGCGAUGCCGAAACACAACCAAUAUCACCAGCCGACGACUUGUUGCGGUCUUCUGCUUUUCUUCAUCUUGCCCGCACGCUUUUCAUGAACAGCGCGACUGCAGAUUCCUGGCACAACUUAGACGGUGUGAUUGGACCUUCUCAAGAGCCAGCCAUGUUCCGCACCGCUCUUGAGGAUUUCUUCGACCUUACCGUCAGCUUGACGCGGCGGCUGUGUCUCACGGCAUUGACACAAGCUUCCACACGUCUGAGGUCCUACGCGGCGCAAUCCCCUGUUCCUGCGGUCAAUGCAGAGGACGUUCGUACGGCGUGCGACAUACUGAAUGUCCGUCGCGAUCGUUCUCAAUAUUGGGCGGGCGUCCCGAGGAGGUGUAAGGUCAAUCUCUACUCGAAUUCUGAACUCUAUAACGAUGGCCGAAAUUCGUUCUACCCCCCCGGUGCCCAUCGCCCUGUACGUUUCAUCUCAUACGAAGAAGCGGAGAAGGAGCUCAGCCUCGAGGGUCGCGCCAGGGUGAAUAGUGGAGAAAGCUCCGAGGAAGAGAUCGACGACGAUGAAUUGGAUGCAGCUAUGAUGGAUGAUGAACUUCAUACGGAUGUCUCAAUGACUUCAGAUGAAGGGGAUGGAGGCGAUUCAAAUGCCAACAGUGAUGCAUUAAAUAUCCGGGAACGAAAACGAUGGCAAACACAACCCAUGUCCCAGCGGAGAUUUCUGAAGAUCGAGGAAGACAUCCUGAAUAUGGAGGACUUGCACUCAAGUCGAGAGGAAGUUGAUCGACUCUGGAGAUUAUUGCGCCUGCAGCCGUCAACAUCACCUCAUGCAAACAUUUCCUUCGUCCGGAAAGCCUUUCCCGCUCCACCUCACGAGAUCGAGCUACAAUCCACGCAGUGGCGACAAAAGAUAGACUGGUUGGCUCCCUGGGAGAGCGAGAAUGGCUCGCCCGCAGCUCAACGGUUUCGGGAGACCUGGCAGCGAGGCCGACCGAAUCGCAAGCGUCGAGAGGCAUUGAAGAAAAGGCUCCAGGAACGUGCCAUUUCGGCAGCGCUGAGCAAUGCACAAGCUCCGCUGAACGACAUGAAUACUGUCAGUGACGGAGACUCGUCAGAUCACUCGCAUAACCUAGAUGAAACGCCGGCGCGGCAUGGUUAA